UGCUUUUUCGCCAGUUUCCCUACAACCUAUCAACCGUACAGUGCGCGUAACGGGCCAUCCCUUUUGCAUUGUUUUUGCUAACAGCUGUGUGUCUGAUGUGUUUCGCAAUUCCGCGGUUUAAGAUCGAUUGUGUUGUGCCGUGAAAUCUGUGCAAAAGCAUUAAACAUUACCCAAACGUUGUCGGUGUUACGUUGUGAAUUGUAGUCGGUUUUUCGUGUAAAACCUCUUGUCCUCGUGUGGUGUGGUGAUUCAGUUUAUUUGUUAUCGAUAGACAGAGCAACAAAAAAAGGGCCUCGAUACGAUAGGGCCCUACCCUUUCCGCCGUGUGACGACGCAGCGAUCGAAAUCACCCAUCGGAGUAAACGAGCGAUGAGACUAGUGUCCGACAUCUACAAUGAAAGCAUUGAAACAUCACUAGGAGGAAUCGCGAAGCAUCUAACGCAAACGCAAGAAUCGCGAGGACUGCCGAACCAACCACGCCACCAGCAACACCAGCAGCAGCAGCAACAGCAGCAGCAGCAGCAGCACUUUGUCACCUUAGGCAGUCUGAAGCGUUGGGGCGAACAGUCGGAAGACGACCGUGGUCAGCCCCGUCCACGUCCGACCGAUUACAGCCAAUUUGCAGCGAACUUUGAAGCCGGUCCGAAACACCCCGUCUGUCCGUUUCCGUGCGAUGCGCAGAUCAACAGCCGUUUCGUAAUCUGGGAGGGUGAUAUCUCGCAGCUCAAAGUCGAUGCAAUAACCAAUAGCACGGAUGAAACGUUGACGGAAAAGAAUCGUGUAUCGAAGAAAAUUUUCGGCCGUGCCGGUGCUGCACUUACUUCGGCCAUCGUUCACGACGUAAGAAGAUGUAAAACUGGGGAAGUUCGUGUUACGCCAGGAUUUUUCUUACCAUCGAAGUACAUUAUUCACACCGUCGGUCCCAUAUACAGUGAGAAGUACAGGACAGCAUCGGAAGCGACGCUGCAUGCUUGUUAUCGUAACGUGUUGUACAAAGCAAGGGAACUAGGAUUAAGAACUGUAGCCCUAUGUGAUAUUAGCUCGGUGCAGCGCGACUUCCCACCAGACACUGCUGCUCACAUAGCAUUGAGGACCGUACGUCGUUUUCUGGAGCAAUACCGUGCCGAGAUUGUGAUAGUUUGCCUUGAAUCUAAUGCACGCAGUAUCUACGAGGUACUAGCACCGCUGUACUUUCCGCGCGAUUCGUUCGAGGAACGAAGUGCUUUGUGGCAACUGCCGAAGGACAUCGGGGGACUGUAUGGUGAACCGCAGCUAGCUGAUCGUCAAAUUCGCAUCAUUCACAACCCACAGCAUUCCGUCAUGAUAGAAGCCGAUGACGAUUCUGACACGAGCCCACACGAUCUGGAAAUGGGGUCCGACGUGGAGUAUAGCAAUAUUAACCUUAGCCUGGCAGCUCCACUAUCCGGUGCAGCUCAUUCCUUCACACAAAUGCAGGGAGAUUUAGAUCGGCAACGUCUGUUAGGCGAUCGGCCACGUAUGGUCUAUGAAAGUGUGCUUGACGAUGGCUUGGAAGGAAUAGAGCAUCAGGAAAGUUCACCUUUGUUGGUGGAUUGCGAUACGACCACAGAGAACUAUUGUCCGGAGAUGAUCGGCCAUGUCCUGGCCACGCACGUCGGCAAACGGACCCGUAUUCUAGACGGUUCCUUUACGUACGUCGAGCUGAUGAAACACUACCACUCGUCGCUCGAUGAGAGCGAAUGGCAAAAGGAGAACCUAUACGAACGACUGUUGAGACGCGCUAAAACGGAAGAUCUGUCGGAAGUUUCGGGCAUCGGCUGUCUCUAUCAGAGUGGUGUAGACAGGCUCGGUAGACCCGUGGUAGUUUUCUGCGGCAAAUGGUUCCCUGCUCACAAUAUCGACCUAGAGAAGGCCCUGCUCUACCUGAUUCAUUUGCUCGAUCCGAUCGUUAAAGGCGACUACGUGAUCGCUUAUUUCCACACGUUGACGAACUCGAACAACUACCUAUCUCUGCAGUGGUUGAAGGACGUCUACAGUAUACUGCCCUACAAGUACAAGAAAAAUUUGAAAGCCUUUUACGUUGUGCAUCCCACGUUCUGGACGAAGAUGAUGACCUGGUGGUUUACAACGUUUAUGGCACCGGCAAUCAAGACGAAGGUGCAUUCGCUCCCAGGCGUUGAACAUCUGUACUCGGCCAUCGCAAAGGAUCAGCUCGAAAUUCCUGCGUACAUUACCGAGUAUGAUAUGGCGACCAAUGGCAUACACUACUUCCAACCGAUCACAAACACAUCCUCGCCAGCAUCCUAAGCUAACAUCGUACGUCAAUAAUCUCCUCUCCCGUAGUGCACCUUCCGAUCAUGGUUGUUAAUGAAUCGAUUAAGUGUACGGCGUUUAUGCACCUUUUUGCACCAAGAGAAAACACUUACCGAACCGAACAAAACUCCGAGCGCAUUUAACGACGGUACCACCGUUUCCCACCCGAUGAAAGUGGCGAUAUGAAACAAUUGGCCUCCCUUUCCUAGCGAUCUCAAGGUAACAGGGAUUGGGGAGAAAUGCAUCACUACAAUGAGCCACUUAUUAUACUGUUCUAUCACAAACUAAUUACUAAUGAUAGGAGGAACUGAAACCGAAAUCUUUGCUUCCCUUCCAACCAUUGUUAGGUGUUUUGUGAAUGUGUGAAUGUGUGUCCGCGCAAAAACGGUUACCACUGUAAGAAAAAUUGAAUCAAAUCAAACCAGUAAAUAACGUUUACCUUUCUAACCUUAUCGAUUUAUAAAACAACAACAAAAAAAAACAAUGCAACUCUUCGCAAACAGGCAGAUGUUGUUAGUAUCGGAAGAAAAGCUACAUUGUAACAAAACGGGAUAACUGAUGUGCUGGUAUGUUUUGUUUUAUUAUUGUAACAUUACACGAUGAAAGUGUUUUACCGUGCGCAGCCAAUGGCAACAAAAUGGAAGUUUAUUAAGAGACGUACACACUAUUUAUCACUUAGCCGACACCUGGACUGGUGCAUAGGUGUCGCAAUACUCUCAGUACAUAUACAAUGCUAAAUAGAAACCGAAGCCUUCGCCCAUCGCGCUAAACGCAGCGAAAUUAAUCACAGUCGAUGAUGCGUAGAGGAUGCAAUGGUAAGCAUCUGCCCAUAUAUUGAGAAGCAAUGUGUAGCGUGUGAAAACGAACCCGUUACCCGGACCCAUGUACCCGUAGAUAAACACACUUGUUUCAGCCAUGUUCUCAUUAUGAGAACCAGCUGAAUCGUUGUUAUUGACCGUGCGAAGCCGUAGUAGGGAGAGGCAAACAACAACUGCGGUUGUGCGCCCGUGCAGUGUUAAACGAAUUUAUUAUCCUCGAAGGUUCUCUUCCUUUACUUACUGACUUUCGAUUUAGAUGCGUAGGCUUGCUGUGCAUGGAAAGCCAAAUUGUAAUUACAUUUUACUAAACGGGCAACCCGCUGUUACUCACUCCAAAAAAAAACCCAAACACACACAAAACAAAAGAACUAAAGUAUAGCAAUCUUAAUGCACACGAUAGUUGUGCAUAUUAAAACUUUACGUUUAACAUGAGCUUUUGAGAAAACGACCACGUGUUAUAGAUAAUCGUUUCCAUUUGCCCCGCCCGGAGUGUCUUUCGACAAGAAAAGCGUACGGAUGUAAACUAGAGGAGUCUUUUAGGCUACAAUGUAGUAAGUGCUGCGUUGUUUUUGAUUUUCAAAUCCACUUUCGGUCGGUUUUGGGUGUAGCGUCAGUGCGUAAUGAAACGUAAGCGUACAGCUUCACACAAAUCGUGAACGAGAUCAUAAGAUAUAAAGACAUAUUUUGCGUACUGUUAAAAUUGCAAAAGAAAAAAAUAACAACCUGGAAAUGUGGGGAUCGAGCUUGGGAAAUGGAGCAGUACGAUGGCGAAUGGUACGCUUCAUUCCAGAGAGCGCUAAUGUACGGUAACGUGCAGAGGAAAAGUAUUAUAGCAAAGAGUAUAUUAGUAUAGCGAGACUAGAGAACAAACGCGUAGUAGCAAUAGACAAGUUGAUACAUAUAUACAUACCUACACUAAUGUAUAAUGAAAAAAAAAACACACACAUACAGAUUUAUGAGUAAUGCUAGCAUAUUAGUUUGACAUCCAGGCGUAAUCCACAUGGGCGAUUCUAGGAAAAUGCUGUUAAUUAUCGCGGUUAAAGUUUUAGGGACAUAUAAUCACAGUAAGUUGAUGCACGCAAGGGGCUCUGUGUGGUCGACCACCCAGCAAGCAUCGUAUAGCAAACUAAUGCAAUCUAAACCAACCCCCGCUGGUAGGCUGUUACUGUUUGCGUAAAGUUACAUUAUUAUUACAAUACUGCUAUACUCUUUCUCCUGUAAAUGGUGUGUUUAGUUUUUAUCUCUAUUUAGGCCUGAUUUUCCCAGACAAGAAGUAUAAGAGAUUUUGUUCUAUAUUUACACACAUACAAACACAUAAAACAUUAUUUAACUAGAUUGUUCCCAUUGCUUUGAAAGCAUUUCUGGCAAACUUUCGUAGUGAGUUCGUCAUUAAAAAUUGAAAACAAUUAUCACACACAAAAAAUCCAUAAGCUUUAGCAGACGCAUCAGGACAUCUGCUGCAAAUGCCUUGACUAAAUUUAAAGCAUAAGUAUAUUCUGAUAUGGGUUGAUACGUUUGCUCAUGAGAUUAUUUUACUCCAUACAAAAACAAAAGGAAGGAAAAAAAGCAAAAUUUCGAUGGCUUUGUACAGAGUGUAACAUUCAACAUCUUCUUGAUGGUGGCACUGUUUCUAACUUCUGGCACUCAACUUUUUCCAACCGCUUUUUAAAGCGGAUUUAUACGCAAUGUGUAUCAUUCCUGUUCGAAACCGUACAUUGAAUGUGCCAAUUUUUCUUCAAGGUUAACAAAUUUAUCGUGCUAAGAGAGCAUCGUUAAACAGGAAAACCAAUUCAGAUGAACAACAAAUAACAAAAAAAAAAUCUUCAUUCCACGUACAAUCAUACAAAUGCAUCGCGUCACAUAACAAAAACCAACAACCUUUCUUCUUCAGGGCUUAUGUAGCGAAACAAAGUAGUGGUAAAUGCGCUAGGUAAAGCAAGAGUAACAUGAAACGAAAAACUUUAAUUCCAUGCUGUUUGUAAGAUUUGGAGAUGAGACGAAAGACGGGAGAAAAAAUGUAUCCCACAAUGGAGAAUAAGAAACAUGAAAUGCAACAAAUAAUAAAAAAAAAAACAAAAAACAUUGCGCUAAGCAAAUUCAAACGUUAAUUCAACGCGAGACAAGUUCCUCGACGUCGCUGUAGCAAAAACAAAAAACAAAUGAACGACAAAUCAAACGCCUACGCCAGCCUAACACGAACUAACAAUGUUGAACAUAGAUGCAACACAGAUAGCAAACGUAAAUAUUAAUCGCAAAGUUGAACCAAGCAAACACCAAUUGAUUGUUUUGUUUUGUACUAAGCAAGCGGAAGUCAAAUUUGUCAUCCCAAUCGGAUGGAGUAGUCGAAGUUGGUAGUUGCAUGGGUUGAAUCCGUCAAUGCGUGUCACAACAACUAUUAUAGUUAAACGUUUGUAGCUUAAAUCAUGGCACGAAAGGGCGGAACGCAGAACACAGAAAGAUUAUUUAACCUGUUGAACCAAUGUCCCGGCUCCUUUAGGGAGGUGCAAAAAAGAAAGCAAACACAAAACCACUAUAGACCCUGCAAAUACACACUGAUAUGAAUAUUACAUUUCACCGCAGAGCGAAACAGUAGCUAGUUUACGGUGCAAACGGUGUUUGAAGUUGUUGUAGACGGCAGCAGAGCAAUGCAAGGAUAUCCUUCCCCAGGCAUUCAACCUACCCCCGCGGAACAGGCACACAUACUUAAGUUCGUUAUUUUGGUUGUUGUUGAUGUUGUUGUUGUCAGCACACUAGGCCAAACCGGAGGUGUCACACACGCGACAGUGACGGACAGUGCGGACAAACGGUACGGUUUAUCGACAAUGUACAUACACACGUGACACGUGUUCGCUUAGUGAGCGGUUUUUUAAUUUUCAAUUUCAUGUUUCAAUUUAACACCGAAAUGGGGACAGUAAGUGUUAUUUUAUAGCCACGCAUUAAGGCGACAAAUCUGAAUCGUUCCUGCUGCAGGAUAUUAAACACAAACAAACAAGGCUCAAGCACGAAUGCGUUUUAAAAAUUCAUGCCUGCACAGGCAGGACAUUGAACGAGGAGAAGGAUAAGAUGGGAGACUUUAAGAUUUGAGAGUGUGAUUCAGAGAAAUUAAAUAUUUGGUUGAUUGGAAAAAUAA